GUCCUUCACCUUGAAGUGAACUUCCGCUGUGAAAUCAACAUGUUGGUCUGAAAUUGAUUUAUCCUCCCAGCCAAGUGGAUGACACGGGACUUUUAACGACAACAGUGACUAUUUUGAAGCAUCAAGUUAACUCUUUAAGCAGGGAUUAAAGUAACAUGGAGGUGGUCAAGAGGAGAAUCAACCUGGAUGAGCCUCGCUAUGACCAGGGGUCAUACAGCGGCAGAGCCAAACAUUUCUUCAUCACCACCAACCCUCUGAACCUGUUCGUGUCCGGGAGUCAGCUCGAUCAUGCUAAGGAUGUAGUGGACAGAUAUAGACGAGGAGAUCAGUUGUCCAACCUGAGUGACGAUGAGAUAUGGAAAGCUAAACAGUUGUACGACUCUGCCUUCCAUCCGGACACUGGGGAGAAGAUGUUACUCCUCGGACGAAUGUCGGCUCAGGUCCCAAUGAACAUGACAAUAACGGGCUGCAUGAUGACAUUCUACAAAACCACCCCCGCAGUGUUGUUUUGGCAGUGGUUCAACCAGUCGUUCAACGCCAUCGUCAACUACACCAACAGGAGCGGCGACUCACCAAUAUCAGCCAAGCAUCUAGGCAUCUCGUACGUCCUGGCUACUGGAGGAGCUGUCACCACUGCUCUGACCCUCAACAGUAUGGUGAAGAAAUUCCCUCCCCUGAUUGGACGGUUUGUUCCCUUUGCUGCCGUUGCCGCCGCCAACUGCAUCAACAUCCCCUGCAUGAGGAGCAAGGAGCUGAUGAAUGGAAUCCCUAUACUUGAUGAGGACGGGAACCGUGUGGGGACGUCGACGCGUGCUGCAACAUCCGCAAUCACCCAGGUGGUGAUAUCCAGGGUGAUGAUGGCCACACCAGGAAUGAUGAUUCCUCCUUUUAUUAUGAAUCAUCUAGAUAAAAAAGAAUUUCUAAGGAGAAUGCCAUGGUUGAAUGCACCCAUACAAGUGACGCUUAUAGGAUUUUUCCUUGUAUUUGCAACCCCUCUGUGUUGUGCCCUGUUUCCCCAGAAAAGUUCCAUGGCAGUGAGCAGCCUAGAGCCGGAAAUCCGUGACAAACUGUUGGCACUACCAAACCCACCAUCUAGGGUUUACUUCAACAAGGGCUUGUAAAAAUGGCAACAUGGUGAUGUCACACCAGGUUACACACAACGUCACACUUCACAGUUUUCUAAACACUACGUUUACCAUCACACACUGUCCUAAUACAGAACCCUAAUACAUAUGUCCUCUUUCUCAACCGAUUGAUCAAUCGAUCAGUCCUUGUUUCACUGUCCUAAAUCGCAGAGCCUUGUUUCACUGUCUCUC